AUGGCCACGCGCCGCCCAUGGACAGAGAUCUUUGACUUCUCCUCCUUCUCUCGUCUCUACAGUCUCACUCUCUCUCACAAAAUAUCUGACAUGGCAGCUGGAGAGCCUCCGGCUCCUCCCUUUCUUCCUCAGUACCCGGAGAUGAUUAUGGCUGAGAUCGACGUUCUGAACGACACGGACGUUUCCAACCAGUCGGCGAUCUCGAAGCAUAUCAAGGCCGCCGCUUCGGGCGACCUUCCGGCGGCGUAUGCGACGCUUCUCUCUCACCAUUUGAACAAGAUGAAGCAGAGCGCUCAGCUCGUCAUGGUCAAGAACAACUACAUGAAACCCGACCCCAACGCGCCGCCGCGAUGCGGCCGCGGCCGUCCGCCGAAGCCCAAGGCUCAGCCGCCGCCUGAAUGA